AUGGUUCUGGUCCUCAUCAUCACCAUCCCCCUCCUGAUCCAGACCUCUCCCACCCGCGGUCAUUACGAGAUGAUGGGCACAUGUAGGAUGGUCUGUGACCCAUACGACCCCAGACCAGGGGCCACGGCUCUGGAGGUCUUGCAGGACCUGAGCGCGGGACCUGCCCCCGGCUUCGUCCAGGGGACCAAAGGAGAACCAGGAAGGCCGGGGAAACCUGGACCUAGAGGGCCACCGGGACAACCUGGACCACCGGGACCAAGAGGGCCCCCGGGAGACAAGUGGGGCUCAGGAAAGACGGGGGAUCACAGGGUCCCAGAGACCAGCGGAGAGCAGGGCCCUACAGAGGACGAGGGCAAGAUAGCGUUCUAUGUGGGUCUGAAAAACCCCCAUGAGGGGUACGAGGUCCUGCGGUUUGACGACGUGGUGACCAACGUAGGGAACCAAUACAACCCCUCCACCGGGAAGUUCACCUGCCAGGUGUCCGGCAUUUACUACUUCACCUACCACAUCCUGAUGAGGGGUGGGGAUGGCACCAGCAUGUGGGCGGACCUCUGCAAGAACGGACAGGUCCGGGCCAGCGCUAUUGCUCAAGACGCUGACCAGAACUACGAUUACGCCAGCAACAGUGUGGUUUUGCAUCUGGACUUGGGUGAUGAGAUCUAUGUGAAACUCGACGGUGGGAAAGCACACGGCGGGAACAACAACAAGUACAGCACGUUCUCCGGGUUCCUCCUGUACCCAGACUGAUGCAGGACCCCAGCCCACCACAGAGCUGUCCAGAACUUUAGUUAUUUAUUUUUACUUUCACUGCAUUACAUCUUUUCAAAUUCAAACCUGACCAUAUACUGUAUGUAUAUUUUGUCAGGUCACUUGGUGUUUGUGUCUAUAACAGGCUCUGUGAUGGACUGGCCAGUUAGAGGAACAGAUAAUGGAUGGAUAUAUUCUCAUCCACUUCCACCAUACUCUUUUAUUUCAACCCCAACACACCAAGGGUAUUUUUGUUUUCAGUUCUUCUAUUGUGUGGUCAGAGGACCAGGGGUCCGUUUCACAAAGCAGGUUUAGUGAAAACUCUGAGGGCCUGAUUUACUAAAGGUUUGCGUGCGUAAAAACCUGUGCAAACUUGACAGCACCCGCAAACCAAUGUGCGAGCUGAUCUACUAACGGCGUGCAAAGACGACUGCGUCUCUGAAAUCCGCAGAAUAGCGCACGCAAUCCAUUUAGUACUUUUGCCCUGAUGAAUAAUCAAUAUGGGGCGUAACCGCCAGAGAGCGCUAAAUAUUGGGAGGGGAAGAUGCAAAUAGGUUAAUUUACCACACGCAAUGAGAUU